UAAACAUUGGCAAAUCCUUUCUGAAGCGACAGACUUCAACAGCAAUGACUGCUUACAUCUGCUCGCUCUCUUACGGGCCGUGGUGUCAAGAGAGUCUGCAGCUGAUCCCUCAGAAUGUCACUUCCCAGGAUGUGGACAUGUUGGACCAUCCAAUGGAUUUCCACGCAGGUGUGGCUGCCUCAGUAUUUGUUACCCUUAUGUCGGAGCUUGGGGACAAGUCCUUCUUUAUGUCAGCCAUCCUGGCAAUGCACCACUCCCGCACACUUACAUUUAUCGGCUCAAUGCUCGGUCAGAUCAUCAUGACAGGGGUCGCAGUUGGCCUAGGAGCAAUAGCCAGUCUUAUUCCGGACAUUUAUACUAAAUGGGCUUCAUGUAUAUGUAUGACUUUCUUUGGCAUAAAAAUGCUUAAAGAUGGUUUUGGUAUGCCAAUUGAAGAUGAACAUUGCUGUCAGAAAGGGGAAUACCAGAUUUUAGAUGAAAAGAUUAACAAACAAUAUGAACAUAGCCAAAGAAAAGGAAAUGAACAAGACUCUUUAGACGGGACUCUGCAGUCUGCUGAAAUCAGUACAACUGGAAUUGGAAAAAAUGAAAGAAGCAAACCAAGCAGCAAAGAGGGCUCAAGGCGUAGUUCAGUGGAAGAUGUGUUAGUGCAAGCUUUCGCCAUUUCAUUCUUUGGAGAAUGGGGUGAUCGGUCCCAGAUAGCAACCAUUCUGCUUGCCAGUAACGAGAACCCAUAUGGAGUGGCCGUAGGAAGUAUACUCGGCCAUAUUGUCUGUUGUUUGUUGGCUGUAAUCGGUGGACGGAUGAUAGGCCAGAAAUUUCCAGUUAAAACAAUGACCCAAGCUGGUGGUGUUGUGUUCUUAUUAUGUGCUGCUUCAGCGAUUAUCUUCGACUGACAUAAAACGUUUACUUUUUGUUUUCUAUUAUUUAUUGUGUUGCCGUUACAAAAUAGUACAUUUAAUUCGUUUGUAUAGGCUCCUUUUGCCUGUAUUUAUUAUUUUCUCCGCACAAUUAUGACACGUUCGUACUUUGUGUCUUGUUAGAUUUUUACUUUGUUUUUAAAAUGUUAAUGUUGUUUUAAAACAAAUAUAUUUUAUAUAGUAUGUUUGAGAUAAACCAUGAAUAUAAAAUUGUACAUAUGCUAAUUUUAAUAAAAGUAGUAAUAUUGUAUCGAGAUCUAGACAUAUAGUUUAUUGCUAUAUGUCUAGGAUCUAUUCAUUGACUAACUGAUAACCUCAUUCUUGGUGAAACUAUUUCAGAGUGGUAAUUAAAUAUUGCACAACUAAGCUAGCUACUGAUACCUUAUUAGUAGUAACUGUAGUUACGCUUCAUUUUGUUGAAAACUGCAAUGUAAUAAGUUAUUUUAAUACACAUAUGUUUAAAUGUUUUAACAUUUCUGUAUUGUUUAUUAUUAAUAAAAGAAAAAUUUGCCAUUUUUA